CGCACUACAGCUGUUGACAAACCGAGAGUGUGUUGUUAACCCAUGCCAUGUGUUUUGCCAGCUCCAUCAGCUAACGUUAGCUAAUUAACUCGUGCUAUCAACAUACAAGGGACAAAAACCAUCUUGCUAGCAACGAAACUAUGGACAGAUGACAAUGCUUAGAAGUUUUCAAUUAUUAGCCAUAUCUUCAGGAAGAAUCACAACAUGGAACAUGUGGUAAUUCGAGUCAUGCCUAACAUUAACGAUUUGUCCUCCAGCUCGAGACCAAAACUCUUCGAUGCGAUGGGUGUAUUGAAUGCUCUUCGAAGGGGCCUUGUGAGAGGAGCAGAUCGUAUGGCUGAAUUCACCAGCAAGCGUGGCUCAAGGACUCACUACAAAGGCAGAGGGGCACAGCCAACGGGAGUACUGACCUCCAGCAGAAAAUUUGUUCCAGUACAGGCAAUGAUUCCUCAGUUUGUGGUGCCAAACUUGGAGGGAUUCAAACUCAAGCCCUACGUGUCGUACCGCACCCCAGCUGGAACGGAGCCCGCUGUCACCCCUGAGGGUCUGUUCUCUGAGACUGUGGCCCCACAGAUCCAGAAAGACUUUGAGGAAGGCUCCUUUGAUAAGGAACAGCUGGAGAAAUACGGGUUUGAACCCACACAGGAAGGAAAGUUAUUCAAACUCUACCCCAAGAACUUUAUACGAUAAGUAGUCCACCAAAUCUGAUCCAUCUGGAACUCUGAGCGUUAAGGAUCAUUGACUUAUUUAGUUUGUGUUGGGAGGUCAGGAGGUUUUACUGGACCCUGGUGUAUUAUGAAUGUGCUUGCUGAAAGUACUAGUAUAUAUGCACUUCUUAUUUAAACAUGUAUAUUAUGUUUUGGUCUUUAUUUUUUUUAGACCUCAAUAUGCAUGUUGGCUACAGGUUAUUCGAAUGUAGUCGAGGUUUGCACUAAGCAAAAUCAUUGCUUAGUGCAAAAUGCUUACUUACGAGCCCUUAACCAACAAUGCAGUUUUUAAAAAUCCAGAUAAGAAAUAACAAUAAGUAAUUAAAGAGCAGUGGUAAAAUAACUAUAGUGAGACUAUAUACAGGGGGGUACCAGUACAUAGUCAAUGUGCGGGGCACUGGGUUAGUUGAGGUAUUAUGUACAUGUAGUUAGAGUUAUUAAAGUAACUAUGCAUACAUAACAACAGAGAGUAGCAGCACUGUAAAAGGAGCAUUAGAUGUUCAGGAGUCUUAUGGCUUGGGGCUAUAAGCUGUUUCGAAGCCUCUUGGACCUAGGCUUGGCACUUUGGUACUGCUUGCCGUAUGGUAGCAGAGAGAACCGUCUGACGAGGGUGGCUAGAGUCGUUGGCAAUUUUUGGGGCUUCUUCUGACACCGCCUGGUAUAGAGGUCCUGGAUGGCAGGAACCUUGGACCCAGUGAUGUACUGGGCCGUUUGCACCAGCCUCUGUAGUGCUUUGCGGUCGGAGGCCGAGCAAUUGCCAUACCAGGCAGUGAUGCAACAAGUCAGGAUGCUCUCGAUGGUGCAGCUGUAGAACCUUUUGAGGAUCUGAGGAUCCAUGGCAAAUUUCAGUGUAUAUAUACAAAGAAAUAAAUGUAACAUGUAAAGUGG